AUGGCUGAUCUGGAUGACUUCUCUAUUUAUUUCGAGGCUAAUGAGACGCCUGUAUUCGGCAUUGAUCUGGGUACGACAAAUUCAUCCAUUUCCGUAUGGAAAGACGGCGAAGUCAUCACGAUUCCAAAUAAAUCAAAAGAAAAAACAACGCCGUCGUGUGUAACAUUUCUGGAUGACGGUGUACUUGUUGGAACGACUAGUGGAACGAACAAUCACGAACAUUCAAUUUUUGAUUCAAAGAGGCUGAUAGGGCAAACAUUUGACUCCGUUGAAAGUGAAAUAAAGUAUUUUCCCUUUCAUAUCACAAAAGAUGAUAUUGGUCGUCCAAAGUUUAAAGUGGGCGCAAAGUUCGAAGCCUAUCCGGAAGAAAUUGCGGCGAUCGUAUUGACAAGUUUGAAAAAAGAUGCCGAACAUUCGACUAAAAAAGAAGUGAAAAACGUUGUCAUUACUAUACCAGCCUACUUCAAUGAUACACAACGUGAAGCUACACAACUCGCGGCAAGACUUGCACAACUGAAUGUACUGAGAAUUAUCACUGAACCAGUUGCAGCCGCAGUGGCAUUCGGAUACCGAAAAAAUGCAGGGAAAUUCGAAGAAGAAAGCAUUUUGGUUUAUGAUCUAGGCGGCGGAACGUUUGAUGUAGCGAUUGUAUCUAUAGAUGAAACAGGUAUGCAUCAUGUACGAUCCACCAAUGGAAAUACGAGACUUGGCGGUUCAAAAUUUUUAGACAAAAUUAUUGACUUUUGCUUGAAACGAGUAGAAGCGAUGGAUAUCAACCAUAAAUUCACUGACGAUGAAAUUUGUUUGCUACGAAUCGAAUGUGAAAAGGCAAAAAAAGCAUUAUCUGAAAGAAGAUCAUAUAAAAUUAUGGUUCACGAGAUGAAAUAA